AUGGAUACCACCUCUGGUUUUGUUAACCUACUCAAUAACCAAUCGUUUGUUGACCUUGAUUCACCCGAACCUGCUUGGUUUAGUACGACCCCUAGUUCUGAUCAGUCUGCGGUCAAGGAGAGGAGGAAGUGGUCUUCGAUAGAGGAUAAAAUCCUGAUUGGAGCAUGGCUUAACACCAGUAAAGACCCUGUGGUGAGCAACGAGCAAAAAGUAGGUGCUUUCUGGAAGAGGAUCCAAGAGUACUACAACUCAAGCCCUCAGCUCGUUGGGACAACACCUAGAGAGCUUGGUCAGUGCAAGCAGGGGUGGGCUAGGAUCAACGAGCAAGUAUGCAAGUUUGUUGGAUGCUUUGAAGCGGCUCUGAGGGAGCAGCGUAGUGGUCAUAAUGAUGAUGAUGUGAUGAAAGCUGCCCUUGAUAUCAUCUACAAUGACUACUCCAUCAAGCUCAACUUGGAACAUGCGUGGAGGGAGUUAUGGCAUGACAAGAAAUGGUGCUCCACCUUUCUCGCUAAGGACACUAUGAAGGAAAAGAGGAAACAAACAGUGGAGGUUGAUGGAGAAGACGAGGUGGGAGCAGCAGAGCCUAGACCUAUGGGUGUCAAGGCCAGUAAAACUGCUAGUAAGAGGAAGAAGAGUGGUAGAGAAGAGGAGUUGGAAAAGAUACAGGGAAUAUUGGAAAAGAAAGACAAAAUAUCUAAACAGAAAGUUCAGUACAAGGUCUUUGUCUUUUCAACCACAGAUGCAUUUGGUGUAGUGAAAGUGUUUUGCACUUGA